AUGGAAAGACUUAAAUCUGUUAAGAGUAUCCAUCAAAUUCCCAUUAUUGCCAUCCUAAAGCCUUUUUCUGAUAGCAUUCAGAUUCAGUACUUCAGAAAUCAACUCAACAUGGACCAUGCUAUUAGUAAUCCAAAUGGUAAGAUUUGGCUUUUUUGGACCAAGGAUGUAGACUGCAGGAUAUUGGAAAAUGAGGAGCAGUUGAUUACUUGUGAAUUUAAUCAUGUAAUGAAACCAAAUCAGUUCAUAGUUACCUUUGUAUAUGCAAAAUGCAAAGAUCAUCUCAGAAGACCUCUGUGGGAUAGCAUGCUACAACAGUCAGCCACCUCCCUUCCAUGGUGCACAUUAGGUGAUUUCAAUGUUAUCACAGACCCUCAAGAAAAGUUGGGAGGUGUCACUUACAAUAUGAAAAAGAGCCUUGAGUUCAUCAGCAUCAUAGAAGCCUGUGGACUACAAGAUCUUGGGUUUUGUGGUCAGAGAUACACUUGGUCUAAUCUAAGGGGUAUAAUGUUCAGAAUCUGGAAGAGACUUGACAGAGGAAUGGUCAAUGAUAAGUGGCUAGAGAUGAUGCCUCAGACUACCAUUACUCAUCUACCCUCUGUGGGUUCAGAUCACUGCCCCUUACUGCUGGAGAUGACUGAUCAAAACCACCAACACACCAAAUAUUUCAAAUUCCUUAACUGCUGGACAGAACAACCAUCUUUCUUGGAUACUGUUAGUAAUUGUUGGAACAGGACCAUAGAGGGUAAUCCAAUGUGGUGUUUCCAUCAGAAAAUGAAGAGGUUGGCAGCCACUCUUAGUACUUGGUCCAGAUUACAAUUUGGUGAUAUAUAUGCCAAAGUUAAAGAAUAUGAAGACAAGACUAGACAUGCAGAGGAAGAGCUAAUCUCUAGUAAUUCUGAAGAGAACAGAACAAAGCUCCGUGCCAUCAAUGCAGAGUAUAUAAAAUACCUGAAACUGGAGGAAUCCAUGCUAAAGCAAAAAACUCAGUUGCAUUGGUUCAAAGAGGGUGAUGUGAAUUCCAAGUAUUUUCAUGCCUUGAUAAAAGGAAGGAGGAGGAAAUUAUACAUCCACAAGAUCCAGAAUGAGGAUGAUAAUUGGGUACAAGGUGAAGAAAACAUAGCCAAAGCUGCAUGUGAUCACUUCCAAGCCAUUUUCACUGGUGAGGAAACACAAAUUCAGGAGCAUACCCUCCAAUGUAUUCCCAGGAUGGUCACUGAUGAGCAUAACAGAAACCUGAAAGCUAUCCCUACAAUGGAGGAGUUGAGAACUGUAGUGUUUUUAAUGAAUCCCAAUUUAGCUGCUGGACCUGAUGGAAUGAAUGGCAAGCAUGGAUUCUUUCAUUCCACAAGAGGCCUUAAGCAAGGGGAUCCAUUAUCACCAGCUUUGUUUAUCAUAGGUGUUGAAGUCCUAUCCAGGCUCAUGAACAAUCUUCAUCAACACCCCCAAUAUCAUGGUUUCCUGAUGGCUAAAAAGGGCCCUCAAAUUAAUCAUCUCAGUUUUGCAGAUGACGUCAUCAUAUUCUCAUCUGGAAGAUCUCAUACCUUGAAGCUUAUCAUGGAGACACUACAUACCUAUGAGCAUGCUUCAGGCCAAUUGAUCAACAGAGACAAGAGUAACUUCAUGGUACCCUCAAAUGCCUUCAACUCUACUGUUAGAAGAAUCAAGAAAGUUACAGGCUUCAAGCAAAAGAAUAGCCCUAUCACAUAUCUGGGGUGUCCUCUCUACAUUGGUAGACAGAGGAUUAUCUAUUAUUCUGAGCUUAUAGCUAAAGUUGUGGCUAGGAUAGCUGGAUGGCAGGCAAAAUUAAUUAGUUAUGGAGGAAGAGUUACUUUGAUUAAGCAUGUCAUCCAAGCACUUCCUAUUCACUUGUUAUCUGCUAGUUCCCCUCCUGCAACCACUAUCAAGCAAAUUUAA